AUGAGAUCGUUUGUUCCGAUCCUCAGCUUACUUGUCCUAGGACGAGUUGGUGCUGAAAGCAAUUACGAAACAAUCUGGAAAGGAUUUUCUGUGAGUUGUAUCAAAGAUGAGUCAGGACAAGUUGUUAGCAAUGCAUCAGUUUCGUGUCAUGGGAUCAGAUUAGUUCGAAAAAUUGUGCAGAAAUUGUUGGAAGAUGCAAGGAAAAAGAAGAAUAUGGAGUUUAUUCAUGGAAUUACUCUUGUGGAAGUCGGAGAUGGAAGACAAUCAUCAAGAGAUGCCAGAUUUUCAAAGGAUUAUGGAUUUAUGGGGACUAUAGUUAAGUGGCUGGAAGGCAGAGAACUCAGAAUUAAUUUACCCACUUUGUUACCAGUUAACUUGGUAAGCGUGAUUGAGCAAAGUCUGCCAUCUAAUGAUGAAGGUCGUAAAAGCGGUGGCGGUUUCGGUGGUGGACUCGGAGGCAAAGGAGAUGGCGGGGCAAUGCUCGUGGCAUUAAUGAUGGGUAAAAUGAUGGCUGCCAUGGGUUUUGGAGCACUCGGUCUGUUAGCAAUGAAAGCUCUCAUGAUAUCAGCUCUUGCACUGAUGCUGUCUUUGAUUGUAGCAGCUAAGAAAAUGUCUGGCGGUAAGGAUGAAGAAAGUCAUCACGUAGUUUACGCUCAAGAAGUUCAUGGCCACCAUCGCCGACGAAGGAGCUUAGAAAAUGAUAAAAAUUAUCCAUAUCGUGGUUACGUGAUUUUGCCGACUGAUACUACUAAAAUAACUCAAUGA